UACUAUUUUAUAACCAAAUUGGGCAGUCGAGUUUAAAAACCUAAAAUUAUCGAAACUAGAUAAAAAUUAAGACUGCAGAAGUUAUUAUUAUUUGCAAUGAGUUUGAGGUUAUGUCACCCCCAUUCAGUAACCUUUAUCGCUCGAAGACUUUUCUCUGCUAAGUUCCCGGGUCACAAAAUCGUCCUCACCGACGACGAAAGCACCUUUGUGGCAUGGCACCCUAAACUCGACUACCCGUACGAGUGCACACAACCCUUACCAGAAGUCUCAAUCACUGAGACCUCAGUUCUCAAAACCCAACUAACCCCCCAACUCAUGGAAGUCUUCAACAAAAAGACUCCCGAGCAAGCCCGACAAGAACUAAUGAACAUCACCCACACCACCAAACACCGCUGGUUCCCCCGAGCCCGCGACAAGCGCGCCAAAAAGACCCCAAUGGACCGCGAAUACUUAUAAUUUGUAAAUUUUAUUAAUUAUGGUACAAAAUCGUAAUAAAUUAGUUUGUUAGAGCUACAA